AGGGGCGUUCGGUUCUGUAGCUGUUCUGCCUUUAGGGUGCUCACCUGCGACUUGCCUGGGCAAUGGGAAUCUCCCUGGAAGGUGCACCUACAAACGCACGUGCAGAGGCCAAGAGGAGCACACCACACAAGGCUAGGUGGGCAGACCUCUAUGAUGAGGUCGACGAGGAGAACAGGUCAAUCUGCCCGGACUACAUGAAGCCGCCUUCUCCCAGCCAGGAAGAGAGCAAGCUAGGGACCGACCCCUUGGACGAGGCCGUGAUGUGCGAAAGGAAGAAGGAGGACUGGCGAGUGAAGAAGUCUGACGGACCAACGACCUUGCUGAGCUCUGCAUCCAGAGCCAAAGGACGGGGGUUGCGAUGGUGCGUCAAGGCUCCAAACUCUGAUGCCGUUGCAGCGGAUGUGCAGCCUGCUGGCAACGUGACGGACGAGGUCAUUGAGCAUGAGAUGGCCAAUUCGGUCAAGGCGUGGCAGGCGGAGGAAGGCCCCAUGCAGGAUGUUGGGAACGCUCGCUUCGAUAGGUAUGGAAAGAAGAAGCAGUGUCAGUUCAUCAUCGGAAUCGAAGAGGACCCUGUUUUCCGGGUUGGGCGCCGCUUGCUGGGCCCCAACGGGUCGAACAUGAAGUUGAUCGCAGCGAAAACAGGAUGUCGGUUGCGGCUUCGCGGUAGAGGUUCGUGGUUCUUGGAGGGCCCUUAUCAGCAGGAGUCCACGGAUCCUUUGAUGCUGUGCGUCAGCUCGCCAUCCGAAGCGGAUCACUCCCAAGCGAUCCGUCUCAUUGAGGAGUUGCUCCUCUCAGUCUAUGCCGAGUUCCGCACCUUUUGCAAGACAGAAGGCUGGACUGUCCCUGAUCUUCGUAUCCGACGCAAUGAGGGGGCGCGCAAAGGCGCCCGGUGAAGAGCAGCCCGGCGCCGGUCAUCGAAGGUGUUGAGGGUCGAAAAGAACCUCCACAUUCGGUUGGGGAUCCAAUGCACUCGACGUGAUGGAUUGGAGCCCAGCACUUUGGGCCAAGUUCCGACACUUGAGCGGGGGGGCAAUAUGGGAGGUGUGGGGGCUGU